AAAACCAAUCGAAGUAGGAGAAACGGAGGGCGUGAAGGUACUUUGGGUUCUUACUGCCUAACGCAUUUCUCCUACUCACUAUGGCCGGCGAUGAGCCUCCGAUAUCGUCCUCCCCUGACGUAAUCUCUUCCUCCGUCUCUGAGUCCAUUCCGUCGCCUCCACGGCAAGAUCCUGCCGGAUCACCCAGUCGCGACGUGCCUGAGAUUCAAUCAUUGGCUUCCGAAGACGAUCAUGACCAGGGACUCAGGGAGCAUCACGAUCACGAAGUUAAAGCCGCUGUUCUCUCUGAGGAUCUGAAACGCAGGAUCAUUAAGCAGGUAGAGUACUACUUCAGCGAUGAAAACUUACCCACCGAUAAACACUUGUUGGGAUUAAUAAAAAAGAACAAGGAUGGUUUUGUUCCCAUAGCUAUUAUUGCUGCCUUCAAGAGAAUGAAAAAACUUACUCAAGAUCAUACAUUUAUCACUGCUGCACUGAGGGAAUCCUCUGUUCUUGUCGUAAGUCCUAAUGGGAAGAAAGUCAAGCGUCUCCAUCCUAUUCCGUUGCCUGAGACUAGGGAUCCUAAGGUAUUUACUAUUUUGGUAGAAAAUCUACCUGAAGAUCAUUCAGAGGAGAAUAUCAAAAGAAUUUUUGGAGCAGCUGGACACAUAAGAAGUAUCACCGUUUACGACCCACAUAUGGUAGACAAAUUGGGGAAAAGCAGCAAGGGUGAUGUGCUGAUCAGUAAUAAGUUGCAUGCUCUUGUAGAGUAUGAGUCUCUGGAGGCAUCUGAGAAGGCUGUGGCUACUUUAAAUGAUGAACACGAUUGGAGAAAUGGCAUGCGGGUUAAGCCUCUCAAGCAUCUGAGUAAGCAUGGCCAGAGGAAGCAACACUGGAGAGGACAUGAUCCCGACAAGAACUGCACCGGGAGAAUAGCUGAUCAGAAUGGUCCCGACAAGAACAGUAGUGGGCGAAUAACUGAUCAGAAUGGGGAUGAAGAAAUUCAGGACAUAACUGAGCAUCAUGAUGAUGUUCCUGAUGAAGAGGAGGGCGAUCAUCAACACAAGGACAAACAUGGACAUAGAGGUCGAAAUCAAGGACGAACUAGAAGACAAAAGUACAAGAGUGUCAAUGGAACCGGUCAUGGAACUACAACUUCUGCUCAUCACAUUGAACUUUCAAAGCCACCUCCCGGCCCGAAAAUGCCUGAUGGAACUCGGGGGUUCACGAUGGGGCGUGGACGACCUCUAACGUCAAGCUCAUAGUGAGAAAUUUUAUCAAAUGGGUUAGUAGAAAUAUCACUUUCGAUGUCGUUUAGGGUUGAAUUUAACGCGUGGUAUAAUGCGCCCGGGUAUAUGUUUUGAGUAGGUCCGCAUAAUGUGUAUCUUCUUCCAAGUCUAACCUCGGGUCUAAAGGAAAUGGUAUAUUAUAUAUAUAUAGUGUUCACUUGUAUGGUAAGUUAAAAUUUAGUGAUUUUAACCUAUCAAACUCGAACAUGAAAAAUGUUUCACGUCAUGAAUUUCAAUGCAUUUCUAUUGUUA